AUGCUAGUUACCUAUGUUUUCGAAUACUUAAUGUUUACAAUUCGUUCCUUCCUUCAUUCAACUUUACUUCCUUUCGUUGGACUGUGUUGUUCAUCAUUGUCUCUGUUUCAGAUCAAACGCUUUGAAUGGGAUGCUGAUAGUCUCCAAAUGGACUUGAAUAAUGAGGAAAAGAAAAAAUUUCGUUGUCUAUUUGGCUUUGCCCAUGUUCUUGCUGGAACUAAGAUUACGAUAGUUUAUUUUAUAAUAUGGAGUAUACUGUUAUCGUUUCUACCAAUGCCUCCAUAUGCUUUAUAUUUUGGAAUAUUUGGCUUGAUUAUGUGUAUAAUAGCCUUAUAUGGUGUAUUUAUCAGAAAUCAACAUAUCCUGCUUGCCUUCUACUUCUAUGUUGUAAUUUCCUUAUUUUUCCUUCUGAUUCUCGGCGGAUACUUCUUUCUCGUUAAUAUAUUCGAGAAAGAGCGAGUUAAAGAAGCAUUUGGUCCCAAGUUCGAUGAUUUAUCCAUCCUUGGACACUUAUUGGAUGUGUUAUUAUUACUUCUUCAUUUCUAUUUGUUAAGUAUUAUCUGGAAAUGUCGAAAGUAUUUUCAAUUUGUGGAAACAAAUCAAAACAAAUGUACGGAAGCUCUUCCCAUGCGCGCAGGGAAAUUACCAGAUUUGGCGUGA